UAAACUCUCACUUGCUUCAAACUGCCCACGCGACUAACGAAGAAGAGGAGGAAGAGGAGGAGUUGGCUCUGUUUCUCAUGGCCGCCACCAUUGCCACCAUGUCCCUUGUCAAGCCCCAAACCAUGGCCACCGCCUCCCGCAUCAAGCCUACCAUCCGCAGCAAGCCCGUCUCCAUCCCACUCCCCACCAUAACCGCACCACCGACGGCUUCCAUCAUCGCCGGCGCCGUCUUCUCCUCCCUGAGCCUCUCCGACGCCGCCUUCGCCGCCCAACGGCUGGCCGAUCUGGCGGAGAGCAGCGACAACCGGGGCCUCGCGCUGCUGCUCCCCAUCGUGCCCGCCCUCGCCUGGGUGCUCUACAACAUCCUACCGCCGGCGCUCAACCAGCUCAACCGGAUGAGGAGCGAUAAGGGGGUGGUCGUCGGGCUCGGUAUCAGCGCUGCCGCCGCGGGGAUGAUGGCGGCGCCGCUCAGCGCCUCGGCGGGUGAGGUGGCGAUGAUGGCCGAUGCGGCGGCCGGAGAUAACAGAGGGCUGCUGCUGCUGUUUGUGGUGGCACCCGCGAUUGCGUGGGUCUUGUAUAACAUCUUGCAGCCGGCGUUGAACCAGCUCAAUCGGAUGCGAUCUGAGUAAUCUGUCAGCUUAUAUUUGCAAUUGUAGGUUUAAUAAUUAAAACGUGUGUUUGUUCA